CGCUUCUCUCCCUCGCCUCCGACCUCGAAAACAGCAGCCAGUUCGUCGUUUGGACUGGAACCCACGUCAUUAAGUCGCCGCCAUCCCCAACAAAAGCAAGGCCAGUCCUUCCAAUUAUGAGUCUGGCAGGGUCGGCGACGCUGCAAAGCGGUCAAUCCGCCGCAAUCCCAAGGUUAGCGGAGCCACUCGAGCUGAGACCUGCCGCCGAACUCGACCAGGCCGAUGAGGCGGGAAAGAAGCAGAAGAAGCGAAGCCUGUUUGGCUUCAGCAAGAAGAGAUCCGACGGUGGUGCAGAUGGGCCGCAAACAUCGGCAGCCAGGGCCGUGCCCUCGGCGACGUCAGCACCGGCCCCAGACAGACGGGUAGCCCGGUCCCCGGUCCAGACCGACUUUGCGAACACGAUGACGCCGAGGUCGCCCAGCCGCAACCUCUCCUCCUCGCCGCGCCUCUCCUCCCCGGCCGGCAGCCAGAUCUUCGAGCGCGACGUGCAGGAGAGCAACGUCCCCAUCCCCAACUCGCCCGCAAUCCCGUCGCACAUCCAGACGGAGAACCACAUCCCGUCCGUGCUGGACGCCUCGUCCGAGGCCAUCACCGACGACCACCUCGACCCGGACAGCGUCGAGAUCAUCACCCACCCCUCGCACCAGCCGGCCGCCUUCACCGUGACGGGCGUUCCCCAGUCCCCGGCCAACGACGCCUCCGUCUUCGGCAGCUGGGCCGACGAGCUGGCCAGCUUCUCCGACCGCGACGCCACCGACUCGGCCUCCAACUACGGCUCCCUCGACACCAGCGACGUCCGCCGCCUGAGCUUCAUCUCCUUCGCCGACGUCGUGCAGGCCGAGCACGCCGGCGCCGCCGUGGCCGGCUCCCAGCGCGACAGCAUCCACCUCGCGGGCCUGACCAGCCUCGCCUCGGUUGGCAUCACCACUUCCACCACCAACAACAACAACAACAACAACAACAACAACCGCAACCGGUCGCCCAGCCCGAUCCGCAGCCCCGUGUCCUCGGCCGGCGGCGGCCCCGGGACGAGCCCGCCGACGAGCAAGUCCGGCUCCGUCAAGGGCCUCGACCUGUCGCCGGCCAGGCGGCCGCUCGGCAGCCCCGUCAGCGCCCACUACCCGCUCGCCCUCGGCGGGGAGCUCAACGUCGAAACCAUGAGCCAGGCCCUGAGGAGGACGGGAAGCCGGGAUAUGAGCUGCUUCAGGAGUGGGCCCACCAGUCCGAUCGAGGGGCCGAGUCGUUGAGCUAGCUGGUGGGGGUGAGUCGAUGUUUGUUUUCCUUCUCUGGGGCUUCGACCCCCCCUUUUUUUUAUCCUUUUGCGUUUGGUUCUUUUUUUUGCUCUGGGCGUAUCGGCGCGGGUUGGUUGGGU